AAGAUAAGAGCAGAAAGAAGCCGAAAAGGCCGAGGCAGGAUCGAAAAAGGCCGCGAAAAGAUGGCGGUCGAAAGCGAGAACUCAAAAACUUCGACAAAUACAGAAGAACUCCCCGGCACCGGUACAAAAAGCCCAAGCAGUAACCCUAAGGACGACGAAGAGUUGGAGGAGGGGGAGAUCGUUGAUGAUAAUGAACCGUCAACCAAACCAACGGCUGUGAUUCGUGAGUCGCACCCGCUCGAACACUCGUGGACCUUUUGGUUCGAUAAUUUCUCCGCGAAGUCAAAGCAAGCCACGUGGGGUAGCUCCAUGCGGUCGAUCUAUACUUUCUCCACUGUUGAACAGUUCUGGAGCCUUUAUAACAAUAUAAAUCAUCCAAGCAAGUUGGCUGUGGGAGCAGACUUCUAUUGUUUCAAACAUAAAAUUGAACCAAAAUGGGAGGACCCAAUUUGUGCUAACGGUGGGAAGUGGACUUUAAUCUUUCCUAGAGGAAAAUCUGAUCAAUGUUGGCUGUAUACGCUAUUGGCAUUGAUUGGAGAACAAUUUGAUCAUGGUGAUGAAAUUUGUGGAGUAGUUGUUAAUGUCAGACCUAGACAGGAAAAAAUUGCUCUGUGGACCAAGAAUGCAGCGAAUGAAGCAGCCCAGCUAAGCAUUGGGAAACAGUGGAAGGAUUUACUCGAUUAUCAUGAUCCCAUAGGGUUCAUUUUUCAUGAGGAUGCAAAGCAUGACAGGUCUGCAAAGAAUCGGUACACAGCAUAAGCUGUACAUGGAUUACUAGUAUACUCUUGAUGUAGAAUGAGUAGUGGGGCGUGCUUGCUUCCUUUUUAGGAUUCUGGAGCAACUUCCUGGUGGGGCAGAUGCGUGUAUGUUUUGUAGUUUUUUGCUGUUUUGCUAUUAUAAAAUUAGUUACACAAACAAUAGCAGUGUGAAAGUGAUACUCUAAUAACUGAAGAUUUUAUUUUGGCAAUGCACUAGUGUAUUUUUUGCA